UUUUUCCAAGUUAUCUGAAGGUAUGUAGCCGUUAAGCAGGAGCUGCUGCAGAUGUCUGUUCGACGGGUUAGUUAUCGGAGAUCGCACCCUGACUUGUGUACGGCGGAACUCGGAAUGGGAAAGUUUAAAACAACGGGACAUAUUGUGAUCCUGGGCUCCGAAUUGUUCUUCUGGAUUUAGCAAACAUUAUUUAGCUAGUUAACUCUGGAAUUGGCCGUCUGCUUUUAAAACGUUCGCAAUGCCAAAAAGUUAUGAGAUGAAGCUCGUUUUAUGGGCAUUCUGGCUUUAUUUAUGCACCGGGACGUCAAACGCGCUAUAUACAAUUCCGCUUAAGAUUUUUGUUGGGAAGUUCAAUUCUUCUGUGAAUGUAGACUGGAGCCAUUUGAACCGAACCGAAAAGUCCGACAAUGGCCUUUCUCUGGCUUCUGAUCCAGCUGGACUAGUGAAUUUUUUGGACAUGGUGAAUAAUUUAAAAGGAGAUGCGGGUCGCGGAUAUUACCUGGAGAUGUUGCUUGGGACUCCGGGUCAGAAGGUGAAUAUACUGGUGGACACGGGUAGCAGCAACUUCGCCGUGGCAGCCGCCCCUCAUCCAUACAUCACUCACUACUUCAACAGAGCUCUCUCCAGCUCGUACUCGUCCAGCGGGAGGACGGUGGCGGUGCGCUACACCCAGGGGAACUGGGCGGGAGAGCUGGGGCAGGACGUCCUCUCCAUCCCGCAGGGACCCAGCGGCUCCGUGGCCGUCAACGUGGCCGCCAUCCUCUCCUCCGACGGCUUCUUCCUCCCCGGGGUCAACUGGCAGGGCAUCCUGGGACUGGCCUACUCCACGCUGGCGCGGCCGGACAGCUCGGUGGAGCCCUUCUUCGCCUCGGUGGUGCGGCAGACGGGGCUGCCGGACGUCUUCUCCCUCCAGAUGUGCGGGGCGGGGGCCGCGGCCGGGGGCGGGGAGGCCGACCCCGCUGGAGGCAGUCUGAUCCUGGGUGGCAUCGAGCCGACUCUGUACCGGGGGUCCAUGUGGUACACCCCGAUAAAAGAGGAGUGGUACUACCAAGUGGAGAUCCUGAAGCUGGAGGUCGGGAACCAAAACCUGAACCUGGACUGCAAGGAGUACAACUCUGACAAGGCCAUCGUGGACAGCGGGACCACGCUGCUCAGGCUGCCGGAGAACGUCUUCUCCGCCGUGGUGGAGGCCAUAGCGCAGACGUCCCUGAUACAGGACUUCUCCGAGGGCUUCUGGAUGGGCACCAAGCUGGCCUGCUGGCUGAAGGGGGAGACGCCCUGGAGGCUCUUCCCCAACCUGUCCAUCUACCUGCGGGCCACCAACGCCAGCCAGUCCUUCCGCCUCACCAUCCUGCCCCAGCUGUACAUCCAGCCAAUCGCGGACAUGGAGGACGGCCUGGACUGCUACCGCUUCGGCGUGUCCUCCUCCACAAACGGGCUGGUGAUCGGCGCCACCGUGAUGGAGGGCUUCUACGUCGUCUUCGACCGCGCCGACAGGAGGGUGGGCUUCGCCGUCAGCACCUGCGCAGAGAGCGGCGGGGCCCCGGUGUCGGAGAUCUCGGGGCCCUUCGGGGCGACGGACGUGGCGUCGGACUGCGCGGGCGGAUUCCCGCUGCGGGAGCCCUGGCUGUGGGCGGCGUCCUACGCCCUGAUGGGCACCUGCGCCCUGGUGCUGACCGUCCUGCUGCUGCUGCUGGCCUUCCCCUGCCGCUGCCGCCGCGGCAACAGCCCCGGGGAGCUCACCGACGAGUCCUCGCUCGUCCGCAACCGCAUCAAGUGAGGGAGGGAGGGGGAGGGGCCUGACGGGGCCGGGGGGGCGGAGACUGAACACGCCUCGGACCACUCCUAACAGUCAGGACAUUCUCCAUACAGCGCUGACGACCUCUGGCUGAACGCAGAUGACAUCACAAGGCAGGCGCUAUCCCUGGCGGAAUGCCGUUCUGACAAGUUAGCGUCACCCGUGCUACGUUCCGCUGCCCCCUGGUGGCGCGCCUGGGCAACAGGCCCCUUUUAAUCUCAACACCGCAAACCUGUGAAGCGGUUAGCCUUGGCUGUCAGCGAACAAACAGGGUUCUCUAUUUAAAAAAAAAAAAAAAACCUCUGCUUGACCGGAAUUUUGUUUCCCAGUUACAUUCAUUCAACAAUCAUUUUUCUUGAAGCAAUCACACAGGUUUGCACACAGCUACCCUCUCCAUUUUAUGGAGUCGGGUGUGUCAGAGCAGGAGUCUGCUACCGUGUCUCCCAAGAGUACAGUUCCUUUGUGCCUUCAAUCUCAUUGUCUUUGAAUGUUGGAAUGGCCUUGUCAGAGCAUUCCUUAUUGCUUUACAAAAUUGUACUAUAAUGACUAUCCAAUAUGUAUUUAUACUAAGCACCGCUAAAUCACCUCUUCUUUGUGUCGUUUUUGUAAUUUAUGUGAGCGGUAUAAUUCUUUUUUUUUUUUUAGCUGAGCACUAAUUAAAUCUCUUGCACUACUACAAGACAUAACGCCAAGCCAGCUCGGUCACAGCCGAUGUGUCAGUGUGUGAAGGAAACGGAACGUUAGGAAGGAUGAAAAGUGUGUUUUCCACUUAAAAAUGUAAUAUUUAAUACUGUAGAUAACCAUUGUUCAUGUUUUGUGAACUGCUCCCAGAUGAAAAAGGACAACGUGCUUGUAUACACUGCUUUAAAAGCGUCAGCACCGUAAAAGGUCACUUUGCUUUGUUGUGUCUGUCUGUCGUUUCUGGAGAUUCCCAAAGCAUAGGAGAGUGAGCGGCAGCCAUCUCCGGUGUUUCUGCGGGCCAGAGAGUGGAUGUUUAGCUCCCAGAAUGCACCUGUCGGGCUAGGAUUCACUGGUGUAGAGUGCAGUCCCAUGACUUUGGGACGUUAUGCUGCAGUCACCAUGGCGACGCUACUGUCGGGCCGUGGCGACGCAGUGACGCUACGGGAGCGCAGCGCUAACCGCAAAUCCACGCGCUCGCCCGAGCCAGUCAGAAGCCGGCCUUCUCCGCGGCUACGUGGGGGGGGGUCUUCCGCUCACAGAGCUGAACUUGCUCCUGUCAAGAGCUGGGACAUCUCAAAUCACUGUGCGUGGGGAGUGUAGUUUUAUAUCGCCGAUUGCAUUAGUGAGGGAAACGCUGUUCCUCAGAUAUAUCACACCGUUAACCGCCUGUGCCUUCUGUGUGCGUGGACCGGUGUUCGCGUUUUCACACCUGAAAUGCCGAUGUUAAUGAUGUCAUUUGUACUUAAUGAGAUUAAUCUCGCGUGUACUGUAAACCAUUCUAACCCGGCCCUCGAGGCCUGCAGUACUGCUGGGCUUCAUUUCUACCCGACAGUUAACUGAUCGGUUGACGCCACCGAUUGGCCAGAGGUUUAACUCACCUGCUGUCCCGGGUUUUAAAUUACUCCUGAUUGGAGGGGAAGGAUGAAAACCAGCAGCGCUACUGCAAGGCUCUACGCUGACAUUUUUUCCCCCUAGGAGCACAUGCACUCCUAAACUGAAGGAUUUAGGAGCUCACUACUGCGCCCAGAUUUGUAGAUGUGCUCCUCAGUUAUUUUUCCAGCUGGCAGGCGUCGCUUUUCGGGAGCAAAUGGGGGCGCUAUAGAACCCCCCUGCUGCCGUGGGGACCAGAUAUGAGAAUCCCAGCUCUAAGUGCUUCCUAUAAUCCAGCACCAGUCAUUCCAACAGCAAUAGAUUUUUAUAAACUGGAAAAUAUGCAAGUUGUGGAUUUUACUGACAUUCUGUCGACGAGUCGUUCCCCGUCCAUUUUUAUUCGCGUUUGAUUGUUUCGCAUAAGGUAAGGACGUGGUCGUGAUCAAAUGCACAAGCAGUGAUUGUCUCUAUGAUACGCCGUUUUGCUGUUGGUUUCCACGGCGCUGCACUCAUGGAAACGCAGCCCUGUCCUGAUAAGCUUCACAUUACCCCGGGGUUCCUUUUCUGAUUCUAAUGUCAGACGUUGGAACCCCAGUCGCAUGCAGCAUGCACCCACGGCUCAUGUUGAAGGAACUGUCAAGAUAUGGCAACUCGCAGUAUUUCGGCAAAUAUGCAAAUGACUGAGACACACGGACGUAUAUUUUUUACACUGCUAUGAAAUAUUUGCCAUUAUAUUUUCAGAAACGUGUCCACCUGUCUGGUGCAGUGUGUUCUCUGUGUGGAACGGCCACAGUGCACACUAAUGCAUUAGAACAGGAUUCCCUUUAAUGACAUUCCGUCCAUCCACAGCCGAAAUAUGACCCAGGCGCUUGUGGGUAAUAACAGGCCCGAUGCCGUUAAGUCCAAACGAACCGCUAUCGCUGGUGUUCGACUUUGUCCCGGGUGAGGAGAGGGUCUGUUUUUUAAUUCAGUUUAGCCCAGGUUUGUUGGUGUUUACAUAAGUAAAGGCAGCAUUAUGGAACUCCCUGUGGAGUUGGAAAUAAAAGCUAGAUUUUGCAAAUGAGAUCAAAAUAUCUUUUGUUCAAAUGAAGUACCAAUGACAACAGUUUCCUCUGACCAUCUCAGAACUUGUGGUUUUUUUUUUGUGUGUGUUUAUUUCUGUGCCAAAAAAUGGAUUGUAAAUUAUGUAAUACAUGAAUAAAAGAAUAAAGUGAUUAUUAACUGUA